AUGACGGACGUCCUCUUUGAUGUGCGCAACGCCCUCAUUGUGGGCAACUACCACCAGGCGAUCGCUGAUGGCAGUACUGCGCGAGCCCUCUCGAGCAAGCCAGCUGAUGUGUCUGCCUUCAACACGGAGAAGAACGCUCUGAUCGCUCUGGGUAACAUCGGCCUUGGACAAAGUGAUACCGUCAUCAGUCAGCUACGCUCGGAGAGCGACCCGCUGCUCGUGACGAUCCGCAAAUGGGCGGAGUUGAUGUGCGCUAUGCGUGACUACGGUGUCUUCUCCGAUCAGGCCGCGAGCGCCACCGAGGCUCUGCAGAAUGAUGCGGAGAAGGUGGCGGCGGGCGCCCUCUACAAGGCUGUAUUUGCUGCCACAGCCCUACUGUUUCAGCAGGAUGUGAUUGGAGCGCUGACGCUGGCGAAGAAGUGGCUUGGCGAGCUGCCGAAUCCGGAGGGUGCGCUGGCCAUGCGCUACACAGUGGAGCUGCACGGCAUAGCGGUAGAAGCACUGCUGCGGCUGAACCGUCCAGACGAGGCGGCCAAAGAGGUGAAGCGCAUGGAGCAGGUGGACGGCGAGGCGAUCGUGACCUUACUGUACAGCGGCAUUGUCGCCUUGCAUCAGGCUGCAGUUGAUGUGCUCAUGGCUAACUACAACAGCGCCGUAUCCGCUUUCAAAGAGGUGCAGCUGCGGUGUGGGCAGAGCGUCAUGGUAUCAAACUUGAUGGCCCUGGCGCACAUGGGUCUCAAGGACUAUGACGCGGCGGAGCGUUCGCUGCUUGAUGCGCUGACCGUCCGCUCCAAUGAUGAGGCCACACUGGCGAACCUCGCCGCCGUCACUGCCUGCAAGGCGAAAUCUCUCGACGACGCCGAGCGCUACAUUCAGCAGGCGGCUUCGACUCAUGGUACAUGGGGUGACGCCUACCACGCCAAGGAGCGCAACCUCGACGAAGCUGUUAGCGCCUUCAUGAUGGAGGCGUAG